GACGCACACAACCGCGGGUGCACCGGGGGCAUGGAGCACGUGCAGGUGCUCCAUGAAUUUGAGUACACGGCGAAGGACGGUCGCCUGGUGUCCAUCAAGGCCGGGGAACGCUACAUCCUGGUCUCCCAAACCAAUGAGCACUGGUGGCACGUCCGCAAAGACCAGCACGCCAGGUCCUUCUACGCCCCUGCACAGUAUGUGAAGGUGCUCCCGCCGCUUCCCGGGGACUCCCCUGCAAGUUCCGAGGAGCUGGAGUCACCGGAGUGUGUGGCUCACAGUGAACCAGAGAUUACGGCUAUUCUGAUCCCGCUUGAAGAGAAAGCAGUGAUCCGUGCGUCUGCGCGGGAUGCUCCGAGAGAGACUCACCGGUUCUCUACUUUUGGUUUCUGUGAGAACGCACCAGAUGUGAAACCCUGGGAGACUCUGCAGGACGGACACACCACCAGUAGGACCAGCUUUGCACACAACCAGGAUAAUAUACAGACGCACAAUUCGACAGAGGGCUUCUCGUUUACGUCUGGACAUCUGGAGGCUGGCGGCCUGCAACUUUACGCGACACCUCACCCUGUGCCAAAGGUCAAACGCGGACGGUCUGAAGACGCACCGCAGGAAGAGAGAGUCGAACAGACAACAACUUUUCUUCUCGACGAGGACAUGGAAUUCCCUUCAUCUCCCAAUUCUCCCAUUUAUGACAUCAUACCAGAGUUCAACGUGCCAGAAUGUUCUGAGCUGCCUGGCCCUGCUGCUUCAGACGACGUGUUUAUGGCUGAGCAGCAUAGUUCAAAUCAAAAUGCAGAAGCUACUUCUCUAAAAGAUGGAGAUCGCAUGGAGCCGGUGGAGAAUCAAAGUCUCCAGUCAGCCGUCUACGUCAAUGUAGCACAACUUCGCCAAAGCACCUCCGAGUCUCCCCCCUCGUCCUACUCUCCCUCCUACCUCGACCCAGAGGGAUGGGAGGUGCACGUUGACGAAGACAGUGGACAGGAGUACUACUUCCACCCGUCCACGGGGCGCACCACCUGGGACAACCCCUUUCUAGACUCCCCCACGGACCCCGAGCCGCCGUAUUCCCCGUCGCCUCCUCAGUCUCCAGCCCUUUCGCCGUCCGCCUCCUCCCCGCCCGCGUGGCCCUCCGACUGGGAGCAGUUGGUGGAUGAGACCAGCGGCCGCCCCUACUUCUACAACCCGAUGUCUGGGGAGACGUCCUGGGAGCCCCCGGAGCAUCUGAGCCCCUACCCCCCUCUGAUGGAGCCCAUGAGCGUGCACAGGUUUCACGAGGACGGGCCGCCUUCAUUUCCCGAGGAGGACUACCGCUCGGGGGUAUACCCAGCUGCUGAUCCACCAGAGGGGUACGAGGAGCUCUUUGCUGCGGCGCCUCCCACACUCCCUCUAGAGUACAGCAUCAGUCAUGUGAGCCGGACCGUCAUCCCGCGGGCCACCCUGGACCGCAGCACACCGACUGGUUGGAACCUCAAUGUGGAACCCAACGGGACCUGGGUGUUCACCAACGAGCACUCGCCAGAGCAGUGGAUUAAGUCCGUGGAUGACCGAGGGCAGACCUACUUCUAUCUGAGAGACGGCUCCAUGUCUCAGUGGACCCUGCCCGAGGUCCCUGUCGCUGCUGGUCAGAUCAGGAUGGAGAAUGGCGUUGAGGCGGACAACAUGUCGGUCAUCAAGAACUGGAGGCACACCAUGGGACCCGGACAGCUCAGCUCGGCCCAGGACGAUGGGAGGUUCGUACCGACUCACAGGAGGAACACGUCGGACUACAGCAGCGACAGCUCCAGCACAGGAAACUCUCCAGAGAUGCAGCACGACGUGCAGAACCUCGAGAAAGCCGGGAUCCUUAACAAAACCAAAGUGUGUGAGAACGGCAAGAAAGUACGGAAAAACUGGGCCCAGACGUGGACGGUUCUCCACGGAGGAGUGCUGACGUUCCACAAAGACCCAAAGUCCGCGACAAUGGGGACCUUGCACAAGACCAAUCAGAUCGUUCCGGAGGUCACCGUGGACCUGCGAGGAGCGUCGAUUGGCCGGGCGUCGAAGGACAAAUCUAGCAAGAAGAAUGUUUUAGAGUUGAAAGGGAAGAACGGUGUGGAGUUUUUGAUACAGUAUGAUACAGAAAGCAUCAUCACCGACUGGCACAAAGUCUUGAUGGACACCAUACGACAACUCGAGUACCUGGACCAUCAUUCGGAGGAGGACGACGGGGACAUUUAUGAGAAGAUCGCCAACACAGAGCAGGAUGAAAAGGUCCCUGACAAACGGAGAUCCAACAGGCCGAGUGUCACACACUCGACCAGCUCAGCGGGAGACACAGACAAGAGUCGGAUUCGAAACAAGCUGAUGAAGUUCCUCAUGAAGCGGCCCACGCUGCAGUCCGUGAAGGAGAAGGGCUACAUCCGAGACAAUGUGUUCGGUUGCCAUCUGGCCACACUGUGUGCUCAAGAGAAGUCCACAGUUCCUAGUUUUGUGGAGAAAUGUAUCAAAGCCGUGGAGAAUAGAGGUUUAGACAUCGAUGGACUCUACCGAGUGAGCGGGAACCUCGCCGUCAUCCAGAAACUCCGCUUCAAGGCGGAUCACGAGGCCCUGGACCUGGAGGACGGCCAGUGGGAGGACGUGCACGUCAUCACCGGAGCGCUGAAGUUGUUUUUCCGAGAGCUUCCCGAGCCGCUUUUCCCAUACAGCCACUUUAAUGACUUCAUCACAGCCAUCAGGAAUCCUGAUUACAAAACAAAAGUGUCUCAAAUGUGCGAGCUAAUCAACUCACUCCCUCAUGCAAAUCAUGAUACCAUGAAACUCCUUUUUGGGCAUUUACGAAGGGUCAUUCAAUUUGGAGAGGACAAUCGCAUGACUGUGCAGAAUGUGGCGAUCGUGUUCGGCCCGACGCUGCUUGGGCCGGAGAUGGAGGCAGCCAACAUCGCCAUGCACAUGGUCUUUCAGAACCAGAUCGUGGAGCUCACCCUGAACGAAUACGAACGCAUCUUCUUCUCCAGCUAAAAUCAGCCACGUGCCUCCCGCGCAGAACCUUGAGCAGCGUCUCAAUGUGCUCAAGUUACUCAAUGUGCUAGAUGUAGCCCUCUUUGCGUUCACGUAAUCGGCUUCAGUGCAAUAUCCGAAAUGUAACUCCUCUUGUAAAAUAAGUUAAAGGGCUCUUCAAGUUUUCUUCGCUCAGAAUAUUUUAGGUUUGACCACGUAAAAAUAAGAUUAAAAGGAUCUUCAAAUGGUCUUUGCUGAGAAUAUUUGAAGCCUGUCUAAGCACUGUUUUGUCCAGAUUGAGUCCAUAGGAGGCUGAUAGAUCCAUCUUUGGCAGUAUUAUAUGAUUGAGUCACACGAGUGGGGACAUCUCCGAGCUAUCGGGCUUGUUACUUGGGUUGAAGAAGAGGACAUCAGAUUGCUUGAAUGUCCUAAUCUCUUAAAUCACUUCCUGGAUAUUUGAAUUGUUUAUUUUGGCAUGUUAAAAUUGUGUUGAUAAUAGAACCCAAGUCAAGCCUGGACGGAUGCAUUGAUGCUCUCCUCAAGAAAUGCUGAAUGAUUGCUACCAUCUUUAUUUUAGAAAUUGGAAUGACCUUUAAAUAUUGUUUUGAAAUUAUAGUGUAUCACAUAUGGCAAUAACUGAUAUUGUAUUCUAAUAUUGUAUAAUUUUUACCCAUGAAUUUUAAUGUAAUAUAGUAAAUGUAUAAUAAGAAAUAUUAAAACCAACAUCUCGCUGUGAAAUAGAUGACAUAGAAUACUUAAUUCGCUAGUUUAUUUUCCACCGAUAUUUUUCUUUCCUGUAUAAUAACACCAUAUAAAUAUAAACUAAUGAUACUUUUUUUGACAGUAAAACACAUGUCUGAACAUGAAAUGGUAAAGUAGAUUCUAGAAAAGAUGGAUGACCUGUAAAUAGAAAUAGAAGGCAUAUUCCUGCUGUUAUUCCAGAAUAAAAAUAACUGUAAAUAAAAUACAUCUGUUUAUCUAUUCUUAAAA